AUGAAGCUCGUCUCCCGCGCCCUCCUGCUGCUGGCCGCCGGCCUCGCGCCGCAGCUCUCGCACGCCUACAGCGCCCUCUCUGACGACACGCUCGCGGCGCUCCCCGCCGCGCCGCAAGACUUCGACAUCCACAACGGCGCGCUGCUCGCGCCCAUCCUGAUCCCGCGCGUGCCGGGCACGCCCGGCAACGCGAAGGUGCGGCAGCACUUUGUCGACUUCUUCGCGCAGACGCUGCCCGGCUGGCGGCUCGAGCUGCACAACUCGACGUCGACGACGCCGACGAGCAACGGCGAGGAGAUAACCUUUGUCAAUGUCAUCGCGACGAGGGAUCCGCCCUGGGCCCGGCCGGGCGAUGUCGGCAGGCUGGCGCUUGUGGCGCACUAUGACAGCAAGUUGACGCCGCACGGGUUUAUCGGGGCGACGGACAGUGCGGCGCCGUGCGCCAUGUUGAUGCAUGCGGCCAGGAGCAUCGAUGAGGCGUUGACGAAGAAGUGGGACAAGAUGGAGGCCGAGGGCGUGGGCGAGGGCGGGCUCGAGGAGGAGAGGGGCGUGCAGAUUAUCCUGCUGGAUGGGGAGGAGGCGUUUUUGAGCUGGACGGAUACGGAUUCGCUGUACGGCGCGAGAGCAUUGGCCGAAACUUGGGAGGCCACCUAUCAUCCCGGCGUGUCUACUUUCCAGACGGCCAUUUCUUCGAUUCAACUGUUCGUGCUGCUCGACCUGUUGGGUGCGAAAAAGCCCAGGAUACCGUCGUACUUUCAAACGACCCAUUGGGCAUAUCAGGCCAUGGCUAAGCUUGAGAAGCGUUUGCGUGGUUUGGGCGAGUUCAAGUCUUCGCCGAAUCACCCCUCGAAGAGAACUGGAGCCAAGAAGGUCGAUGAGCCCACAUUCUUCCCUGAUGCUGAUAAAGAUGUUAGCGCGUCUAUGGGCGGCAUGGUGUCCGACGACCACCUUCCGUUCAUGCUGAGAGGAGUAGAGAUUCUACACAUGAUACCCACGCCAUUCCCACGGGUUUGGCACGAGAUGGAUGACGAUGGAGAGCACCUGGACCUCGAUACGGUGUAUGACUGGGCCAAGCUGGUGACGGCAUUUGCUUGCGAGUGGAUGGAGCUGGAAGGAUUCUUGGACACCGCCCCUGCCUCUAACAUAGGAGUGCACACGGACGAAGAGCAAAACGGUGCGAAGCGGAAGAGAGCAGUGGAAAAAGACGAACUCCAAUCUGAGUAUCACCACGUUGCUUCAUCGCCACCGCUAUGGGGAAUCGCCGGGCAGUCGCCUAGGGCACGUCGCGCUUCUAUGUUUGAUAGCCCAACAGACAGCAAACCUUACCUCAGAACACGCUGCCUGGAGCUCUUCGAACGUCACCCUUCCGUCCCUGAUCGUGAGCGAUUUGCAACCGUCGACUUUCCGAUCGAGUGGGAUGCCGAACGAGUAUUUAUCCUCUACCCGGACGGCAAGGGGGGUCCGGUAAAGCUUCCACUCACUCCCAAUGUCAAGCGUCCGUCUUCUGAGAUGGUAGCGAAAAUUGAGAAAGGCGAAGCUCCAGGGUUUUUCGCUGGUUGCAGAGUAAUACCAACAGUUGAUAUCAGCCAUGAAUGGGGCAUCGAGGGCGGGAUCACACUGUAUGAUCCACAGGAUCCACCAGAUGCCGGCAUUGAGUAUGUCUAUCGGACAGAUCACCUUCGCGAGGAAUCUGAGACCCGGCGCGAAGUCUUGGCCGAGCCAAAGAGCAAUCUGUUCUUCAUCGCGCUUCGAGGAGACCAUCUCCCCACAUAUCAUUUCUGGCAGGAUGUUGAAAAGGACGGUGACCCAAGGACAGCUGGGGAGGUUGACUUCGCUAGCUACAUGGACGAAUGCGCUUCGAGGCGGGCAAGUCAGCAGCUGGAGGCCGGCAAGAUUCGCAUUGCGGGUGAACUUCAUCGGGCACACGAUCACGUCGAUGACGAAGAUGAGGAGUAUGGAUCGCUGGACAGCGAUUCCGGUUAUCUCUAUGAUUCUUCUGCUGAAUCGAACGAACACUCUUCAGACGAGGACUAUGUCCCUGACGACGACUUGGCCGAAGACAACCAUCCUGAAGACGACGUCAUUGACGACGAUUUCCUCGAGGACGACUUCCUCGAAGGCGAUAUUCCCAAGUUCGGUGUUCCCGAGGCCGAUAUUCCCGAGGCCAAUAUUCCCGAGGACGACGACUUCCCCCAGGACUACGUGCCAUGGCGGCGGCUGGGCCCGGCCAGCACAUACUACAAGUGCCCGCCCCACCUCACGGAAUACCCCGACGCAGCCGUGGCCCGCCUGAUCGACGACUUCGAAGACAACCUCCGCGUCAACGGGCUCGAGGCGACGCUCAAAGACCUGGGGUACUGGCACAAGAGCGAGGAUGAAAACACCGAGCGCCAUUUCGGCGGCGGCGCCGCCCCCACCGCGCCCCCCAAGCGCGAAUGGCCGCAGAACAGGGCCGUCAAGACGGUCGCUUACCACCUGGCCCUCGCCGCGUCCGACGGCGGUCUGCCGCUCCAGCCGCUCGCCGGAAACGAGCCGUGGACGCGCGACGACGGUGUUGGUUUCUGGAACGAGGGCAGCGGCUACGAGCGGCCGCUGGGCGGUAGCGGCGGCGGCGGCGGCGGUGGCAGGCGGAGGCUUAGUGCCUUGAGUGACCUCAGCACCGAGUCUAGCAGCCUGUUCAUCCCCUCCCGGUACAAAGCUGCCGCCUCGAGCGGCCCGUUGCGAGAGAGUGCGGGCUAUGGCUACGGCGUUGUGAAGCAGCGUGGAAGCGUCGCGCAGCAGGCCACCGGGCCUAUGAACGAGAAUCUAUCAUCCUUCCACGAUGCCGACGGCGACUACACGAUGGUCGACCCGCCGCCGCCGGCGGGGAGUCGCCGCGGCAGUACGCAGAGGCGCGGCUUUGCCGAACCGCUGCAUCGCCGCUGCGGGGGCCAGUCGAAGGUCAGAUUCGAGCUUCCGGACUGUCCGGCUUGCAGCGGCGCCGGUCCCGAUGCGGUGAUGAUUCCUGCCGGGGACGGACUGGCCGACGGCUUCCCGUACCUCGAGAUCAAGCUGUACGACGGCCGGCUCGAUCCCGACGGCACCGUCACGCUGCCCGACGCGUCGCGCCCGUUCCGCGUGUGGAGAUGGUCUGGCAGGGCGUGGGGCGGUGCUGAGCGCGCCCGUGCGCAGCAUAGGGAUUUCUGGCGCAUCGCGGACGAGCUGGUGGGGGAUCAGCUGGAGGGGCCGGAGGACGAAAUCGAGCUGAGGGUGUGUGCCGGUGCCGAGGGGCCGGACGACGACUGCAUUUGGGUCGAUCGGAACGUCAGGCCUCAGGAUUUCGACGACAUCAUGGACGAGUGGUUGGAGGGAGUUGAGGGCCAUGACGUGUAUUUGAUUCCGGUGCCGAAAACAGCUGGCAGCACGACGGACGGAAGCGGCAUCCUCCACCGCGCUCGCAACGGCAUCCCCAGCAGCCUCACCGAAACCUUGUCCGGAUGGUUCCAAGGCCGCCCCCAAGCACCGGUGUCGUCGUCGGUCUUGUCGACAACAGAUAACGAGGGCGACGACGACCCGCCAUUCGACCCCACCGACUGCGUCGACUGCGGCAUCUACAUCACCAGCCCGGCCGAGUACGCCGCGCACUACGUGAAGCACUUCAGAGGUCGCGCGCCACAGGACGCGCUGCUGCAUCCCGGGGUGCAGCGGGCGUUACGGCAAAUGGACUUUCAGCAUAACUGUCCGACGUGUGGGCUGGAUUUGGCGGAGCUUUCGCAAGAAGCGUUUGAGGCGCACAUAGAGGCGCACGGUGGUGAUGGUUGGUUGCAGCGGGCGCGAGGCAGAGGAACGCUCUUCGACGGCGAUGGUUCUCCCCCUGGCGGUUCUGCAGACGAGGAAGGCAACGAGGCGGCCGGAAUCGGAGGCAAGGUCUGGAAAGCGCUGUCAGACGCAUACAACACGGGCGUGGGGCGAGCCGUAUCGAGGCCGACGACCGCGAGCGCGGUGCCGCCGCCGCUCCCUCACACCGGUCGUCCUUCUCCUCUUCCCACGCAUGGCCGCCGCCGCAGCAACAAGAAGCUCUUCCCAGACUCGACGCGGUCGAGCGACGGCACCAACAGCUUCGACGAGAGCUACACAAGGCAACAUCACCCUCAUCGUCGUCAUCGUCGGCACCACCCCUCACACCACCCGAGCUCCCUUCAACACCCGCCGCCACUGACGCCUCGUGCCCGCCGUCCGCGCAGCCACUCGACCGCAACAUUCCCCACUUCCAAGCCGUCACCGCCGUCACCGCUGUCACAGCCGCCGCCCUCAUCCCCCUCCCAACAUGAUCCGAUUCCCAACGCCGACGACGCCCACGCCCGCCUCGAUACCACCACCGCCGCCACCCCUCUGCAUCGCCAGUCCACCGAUUCCGAUGCGGCACGCUCGUCGCCGCUUCCUGGUGGUGGUCCGGUGGGGUCGAGAGGCGCGGGUGAGGAGGAGAGGAGGGAAGCGGAGGGCGGUGAGGAGGAGGGAAGGAGCGUGGGGCGGUUUUGGCGGUGGUGGGUGAAGGGGAUUUUGGGGGGUGAGGAGGAGGAGGGGAGGAGGAGGAAAGAAGGGAAAGAGGAGGAGGAGGGUGAGGGUGAGGUUGAGGAAAAGGAUGACGAGGAGGGGGAGAAGGAGGAUGAUGAUGAUGAUGAUGAAGAGGGAGAGAGGAUGCGGGAGUGGCAGUUGGGAGUGGCGGAGGCGCCGACGCCGACGCCGACGAAGCCGCUGCUGCUGCCGAGGGUGAGGAGGGGGAGUUAUCGGAGGGCGGCGGGGGAGGAGCAGAAGGCGGAGAAGGGAGGGUGGAAGAAGGAGGGGUCGGCUGGGAGGAGGGGGAGGUGGAGGGUGUCGUCGUUGGGGGGUUUGGCCUUCAAGCCUGGUGGUGUUGAUGUAAGCCAAGAUGAGGUCGAUAAAGAGCUUGAGAAGUGUGUCGUCAUGGCGAUUAGGAGCGCGAUGAAAAGGGAGAGUAAGCGGAAGAAUGCGGACGCGACGUACCGGCCUAACAAGAGGACGAGAUUCGAGGACGAGAUCGCUGAGGCGAUUGCUGAGGAGUAUGUGGCCCAGCCGGAGAAGGGGAAAACCAGCAAACAGAACGGUAAGGCCAAAGCAUCGGCCGGUAUCAAGAAGACGGUGGAGAUUACGAUCUCCUCAGAGGCUGCACCGGAGCCUGCAGUUGCGACGCCGAAACGCAACCAUGUGGCCGGUAAGCUCAAUGUUCCUACCGGUGAUAGGGCUGUCAGGACUGCGAGGGAGAAGCCAAGGACUGUUAGGAGUUGGACGCCGAGUCCGGAACCGCUUGGAGAUUUUUCGCUCACGAAAGGGUACGCGUUGAGGCCGAGGCGACGGGCCUAG